CUAAAUAAUAGAAUCAUUUUCAAUUAAUAUUGUUUAUAAAAUAUAAAUACAUUCGGCCGACCGGUUCGUUUGCAUUGGGCCGGAAAUCCACGGUAAAAAUAUGUAUAGAACAAGGGAAAUGCAACCGUAAAUUGGCGGCGGUGAUUUUUUAGGAGCAGAGAUAUUUCAUUAUCAUCUCUUUGAAACUCUCUUUUUGGAGCCAAUACGAUAACCCACACCACAGCAUGGAGGACGUCGACGACGACACUGAACUUCUGAUCCUCCUCUCCGAGCAACGCCGUGAACUCACGGCAGCUAUUGCCGCUGAUUUCGACCUUGAUUUCGCCUUCCAGCUGCAAAUGCAAGAGGCGAUCAAACUCUCUUCGGCCUCUCAACCUUCUUCCUCCUCCUCCUCGUCUUCCUCUCACCAACCUUUCCUCUUCCUAAGCGAAGUCACAGACUCUCCUGCCGGCAUCGCUCAUCUCAUCGCGGAAGAAAUCGAUAAGUUUGAGCUCGAACGCAACGACCGGGAGUUAGUCGAAGCGGAAACGAGAAACAUGAAGGAGAAUCUCAACCGUCUGAUACACGAUCAGGUCUUCGCUCGCCAGAUACUUGACGUUCCUGAGGCUGAGUGGAUAAGAACUGGAGAUUACAUUGAGAAACCCUACGGAUUGCUGCCGUCGUCGAAUGAGGAGUUUUUUAGGGUAUAUGUCAAGGGUUUGGUGAGUGAUGAGACGGUUAUGAAUGUGAAAAUGCCAUUUGCUGGGAUUGGAGUCGCGAUUUGUGAUACAAGCGAUUGUUGUGUAUUUGAGUUGCGGAAACCCUAUUUGCUUGGUGGAAACGAAGGUGAAGGUGAUCUGGUAGAGCUUAAAGCUUUGAUUGAAGCGCUGAAUGCUGCUGUUACACUUGGGAUAAAACGAGUUCAUAUCUUCUGCGAUAGCACUUCUGUUUAUCAACAUCUCACUGGUAAAGGGCACACAACAAACAACAAGAUUGUGACAUUGAUUGAUGAGCUGAACCUUAUUCAGAGAAAAUUUGCUCACUGCAGCCCAUUCCUUGUGACUCAAAACAAUGUAAAGUUUGCUUGUCAACUUGCAAGAGACGCAAUAGUUUCUCAGGCCAACAAAUUUGUAGAAAACAAUUCUGGGAAGACAUUACUGGAAGAAUGUACAAUUUGUUUCGAAUCCACCUACAUCGCUCAGAUAUUUUCUAUCAACAAGUGUGAGCACAGAUACUGUUUUUCCUGUAUGAGAAAGCAUGUAGAAGCAAAGUUGCAUCAAGGGAAGCUACCCGAAUGUCCACAUGAAGGCUGCAAAUCUGAGCUUGAAAUCGAGAGUUGCAAGAAGUUCUUGGAACCGAAACUAUAUGAUAUAAUGAGCUCAGUGAUAAAAGAAGCUUCUAUUCCUCCAUCAGAGAAAGUUUAUUGCCCAAUUCCUAGUUGCUCUGCUUUAAUGUCUAAAACAGAGGUCCAAGAACUUGCUGUUAAUUUCUCAUGUGUUGCCCUAGAAGCUGGAAUGAGAAGAUGUGGGAAAUGUCUUCGCCUCUUUUGUAUCAAUUGCAAUGCACCUUGGCAUUAUAACAUUAAUUGCUGUAACUACAAGCAACCUGAAAAUGAGGCAAAACUCAAGUCACUUGCUACAAGGAAACUUUGGCGUCAGUGUAUCAAGUGCAGGAAUUUGGUUGAAUUGGCAGAAGGUUGCUAUCACAUUUAUUGCAGAUGUGGAUAUGAGUUUUGCUAUACGUGUGGAGCUGAAUGGAUUCAGAAGAAAGCAACGUGCAGAUGUCCAAUCUGGGAUGAGAGGAACAUCAUAUAUCGAUGAUGUGAUGAAUCAGGUUUUUUCUUCUUCAUCAUCUUUUUGGUGCUCCUGAAAGGAUUUAACUGUUGCAGAGUAGAUGUAGAUCCCACAACUUUUAUGGAAAAAUGUUUUGCUUUUUUUUUUUUUUUUUUUUUUUUUUUUUGGGUUUGUACAUAUUGGUUAUUUUAAGAUCAUGUUCAACAAUAUCACCAAUGUUUUGAACAAAAAAUGGUGCAAAAGGCUAUUUGUCUACGUAUUUAAUAUGUUUUUAUACUAAAAAGUAUUAAUAUAUUUCAAGUAUGUUAAUAUUUUUGUUAUAAUAGCUUUAAUAUGUCCAAAGAAGUAAAUCAUAUAUUGAUAAUUCGAAUUACUUGUGACGUUCUUAAAACAAAUAUAUUCUAUACUCACAGGAUGUUUGAGAUUAUUUAUUUGAAGUGCUUAUUGAUUUAUUGUAGUUGU